AUUACUGCUGUAUUCAACAAAAAUCAAAAACUGAAAAUGUCCGAUACACCUCAAGAACGCAAUUCGAAUUCAAAAUCGAAUCUCAUAGAGGUGCAGCAUGUGGGUGUUACAGCCAAGUUGCAAUCGCCGCUAAAAAGUUUUAUGCUGAGCUAUAGUUCUUCAACAGAUUCGGAGAACAAUCAAAUUCUAUAUCGGGGCAAUCAUCACAGCAAUACAAAGUAUAAUAAAUUCCUUAACGAGGCCACUAAUGGAACGGACACGACGUUAACGGAAAAUUCAAAAAUACUUUAUGAAAUGAAGUCAGUUGCCAAGGAACUGAAAAGAAAAUCCACAAAUAAAUUGACGCCCUCGAAAAUUGAAUUUCAGUUGUAUACCAAACCCAAAAAGAGGCUGCAAAAGAAUAAAAGCAGUGAAAAUCAGAAACUCAAAAGGCAGCUGUUUGAAGAUGAUAGGCUAAAUAAAACAAUAAAUUUGGAUUCGAAACAAAAAUCAAUAUUCCAACGUUUAAAAUAUUCUUUAAAUAAAAUGAAGAACUCUAAAAGACAACAGCAAGCUGAAGAGCUAGAUAAAAUAUUUAAUGAUUUUAAGGAACCGGAGAAUUUAAAUCAAAACUUUAGCACUUCCACAGAAAUAAAAAUCGGCAUUUACCCAUUUGAACAUGGCUGUGCUGACUACCUAAAGACUCAUGAUUGUCCGCCCCAAUUACUCUCCUUAGUUUUGGCCGAAAGAGCCACCAGUUAUGCCACCCGAUUUUGGGCUGAAUUCUUUGGCAGUCUGCAAAUCGCAGUAGCUUUUAUUGUGACCUUUCUCUUGCAAUUGUAUCGCUUUGUUUUGUAUUCCUUGGUUAAUAUUUUUGUGGUGGAAUUUCUGCAUAUGACCUCGGAUUAUCUGGUGAAACCUUUGCUUACGGUGCUGUUCAAUGGUUUUCUACAGCCUCCCUUGAUAUUUUGUUUUAAUAUUUUAUCCUCGUUGCGAGAUAUUUUGGAACCGAUAGCUGAUACCUUGAAUAAUUUUAUGAAACCAGUGGCCACAGUGGGCCGUAGUAUACGUUUGAUACAUGCCACUUAUAAUAAAAAGAAUAUUGCUAAAACAGUUUAA